GUCUCGCUCGACCAACCCCCUUGGUGGAAACAGCAGUGACAUGCAAGAGGCCACACUCCUUGGUGUACAACAACUCAGGGUCACGUGUUCCUUCCUGGAAAAUAGUGAAGUUUCACAUAUUCAAAACAAGGAUGUUUCUGCUGUUGCUGGUGUUUGGCUAACACACACAUAUGUCCUCCAAUCUGAGCUGCUUUGAGCCACACUGUUUCAUCUGGCGCUAUCAGGGCUGAUGAGAGCCACUCGUCUUUCUGGGUCUGCUGCAGCUGCUGUUUGCUUGUUUCACCUCUGACCAGAGGUGUGCUCUGUUGGACUUGUAAGCACACCCAACAGUGAUGUCGAGGGGGUCCCGGAGUACACCUGUACAUCAAUGCAGCAAGGUUUUAUCAUCAUGAUAUCCACAUGGGUGUUAGCGAUUGUCAUGCUGGUGGCAUUUGUGAAUGGAGCGAGGAAUGAGGAUGUCAUACAACGGUGUGCGAACAUUCAGACAUCAAGCUCAGUGGUGCCUUUGGGAUCACCUGUCACAGCCACCUGUGUCAUCAGAGACGACUGCCUUCUGGUCAUUGGACAAGCUGUUCAUAUAGAGUGGCGGCUUGGCGAACAAUUUAUUCCCAGCAGCCCCGUGGACAGUGAGAGCGGCAGGGCUUCUGAGGUUGUUAUACCAAGCUUCAAUCACACCAGGGCGUUCCUCACCUGCUGUUUCCAGGCCUCUCCCGUUCAAGUAGUAGGAGGAGUGGAGAUCAGAGCUGGAUAUCCACCAGAACCACCACAAAACCUCAGCUGUCAGACAAACCUCACCACCCCUAACACCCUGACCUGUAGUUGGGACCCUGGGCAGCAGGAGACUCACCUCCUGACAAAGUACUUCCUCCACACAGGGAUACGGGAUUCAAAGGAAAACUAUACUUACAAGCUACCAGCAGGAGUCCACCAAUAUACCAUCCCUCGUUCUGACUUUGUCCUGUUCUCUGAAAUGGAAAUAUAUGUGGAGGCGGUGAAUGAACUUGGAGAGGCAACUUCAGCACCUAUUAUUUUGGAACCCGUCAGUGCAACUAAGUUUGACCCACCAAAGAUUCUGAAAGUUGAAGCAGUGCCUAAAAGGUACGGCUGCCUAAAGCUGAGCUGGAGCUUAUCGCAGCACCAGGCCUGGAUGCAUGACUACUGCCUGAACCUGGAACUCCGAUUUAAGACUGCUGACAGUAGUCAAUGGAGUGAAAAACCAAUCCUGGUGAGCUGGGUUAAACCCACCAGACCUGUGGACCAGUGUCGCCUGCUCCAUGGGACUCAGUAUUUUGCCCAGAUUAGAGUCAGAUACCAGCAGAGCCCCUGGAGUGAAUGGAGCAGCAGCCAGUCUGGAGUCACCUUGGAGAGCGCUCCCACUGGACGUCUAGACUCGUGGACGAAGCUAUCAGGGGAUCACACGCACAAACAAGUCAACGUACACUUGUUUUGGAAGGCCUCAAAACAAUUCCGUUCCAACAGCCAAAAUCUGUCAUAUAUCGUCUCAUUGCAAAAACUGCCAGGUGAAAAGGGAAAGGUUUGCUCUACAAUGGGGAAUCACUGUACAUUCCAGCUUCCCAGGAAAGCAAAGAAAGUGUAUCUGAGCGCAGUAAAUACAGCAGGGAAAUCCUCCCCCACUGAAGUUCGGAUUUACAUACCUAAAGCUCAUAAGGCGAUAUCAGACAUCACAGCCGUUCCUUGUAACGACCGAGCCCUUCUGGUCCAGUGGAAAAACUUGGAUAUUUCAAGUCUCACUGGUUAUGUGGUUGCAUGGAGACCAUUGUUAAAAACAGACCUCUCCCUCACCCAGUUUGAAAUUGCAGAAAGAAACAAGUCCAGCCUCAUUAUAACGGGAAGCUUUGAGCCCUACAAGCCCUAUGGGAUCUCUGUGUAUCCUAGGUUUAAGGAUGGGAUAGGCCUUCCUCAAACUGUUACUGCCUACUCAAGACAGAAGGCUCCAUCCAUGGUUCCAAAAAUACGAAUUAAAAAGACUUGGCAUUCACAUAUUGAGCUCACCUGGGAUGAAAUACCAUUAGACCAAAGAAAUGGAAUUAUCCAGAGCUACAAAGUCUUCUCCUGGUAUGACAAGGGACCCAUUAAUGUUGUGAAUGCUGACCCAGAAGAGAGAAGGGUGGUCCUGAAAGACCUCAAAACUAUGUGUCUGUAUGAAGCUUUAAUGAUGGUUAGCACGUUUGGUGGGAGCCUGAAUGGGUCAACGGUUCACUUUGAAAUUGAGCCAUUUGAUGCGGUUACUGCUGUGAUGAUUGUAACUGUGUCUGGUGUUGGACUGUCAUUGUUGAUCAUUUUCAUAGUCAUGACUUGUUUCUCCAACCACAAAAGGCUGAAGGGGCAUUUUUGGCCAAUUGUUCCUGAUCCAGCUAACAGCAGCAUCAAGAAAUGGACAUCAGAAUCAUCAGAGGUGUGGAAAAUUAACCAAUGCAAGAUUAAAUGGCUUCAGGCAACAAGCCCCGUUAAGGAUACACGUCCUGCAUGGGACAAUGACGAGCCCAAUCCAAUAUACCUGUCCCACCUCAGCUUCCUGGACCUCCCAAUGAAACUAAGCAAACAAGAGGACGAUCUUUGGUUAAACAGUGCAGAGGACACCAGUGACCUGGGAGAGUCAAUUUGUGGUUCACCGUUCAUCCCUGAAUACUCUGGCUCAAACAGCAACUCUGUUCCCUAUGCCACUGUGAUCUUCUCUGGUCCAUGCAGCAGCCCUCCACCCAAAGAGCCUCAUGUCUACCUGCGCUCCGAGUCCACACAGCCGCUCCUGGAGUCCGAAGAGUCCUUCAGUCCAAAGUGCUACCAGAAUAUGGCAACUGAUGGGAUACCAAGGGAGCAGUGUUUUUUUGGACCGUGCCAUGAUUUUUUAGCCGCAGAAGGGGCAGACCCAGUCACUCUUUGGGAUGAUUUUCCUUUUCUACGAGCAUUAGCCAUGAAUGAUACUCAAAAUGACUAAAAGUUCUUUCCUGAUUAUAAGAAUAACUGCUUUGCAAGAAAUUCAUGUAGAUCAGAGUUUUGUAAUGAGUCGAUUGUGAUAAGUCGAUCCAGCGUAGCACACAGCUUUAAAUACUUGCUAGAUUUAAUGCUAGAAAUCACGCUGAUAUUUAAUGAUAAUGAUGUCCAUGAUUUAUCUGUACCACACUUCGUAGGUACAUCACCUCUUUAGAAAAACGUCUUUACUGCAACAAAAAUAACAUUGUUGAGAUGAUAUUGUUAUGGAUUAUACACUCACUGAUUAUUUUAUCAGGAACACCUGUAUACCUGCUCAUUCAUGCAAUUAUCCAAUCAGCCAAUCAAGUAGCAGUGCAAUGCAUAAAGUCCUGCAGAUAGAGGUCAGGGGCUUCAGUUAAUGUUCCCUUAAACCAGAAUGGGGAAAAAGUGUGAUCUCAUUGACUGGUUUGAGUCUGAAACUGUUGAUCUCCUGGGAUUUUCAUGCACAACAGUCUGUAGAGUUUACUCAGAUUACUGUGGAAAAAAAAAAAAAAAAAAACAUCCAGUGAGCAGCAGUUCUACUGAUAGAAGUGCCUUGUUGAUGAGAGAAGAACGGUCCGGUCGAAUUAGUUGGAGCUGACAGAAGGCUACAGCUAACUGAGAUGACCGCUCAGUACAACUGUGAUGAGCAGAGAAGCAUCUCAGAAUGCACAGCUCUUUGAACCUUGAGGCAGAUGGGAAACAACAGCGGAAAACCUCGUCGGGUUCCACUCCUGUCAGCCGAGAACAGAAAUCUGAGCCUGCAGUGGGCUCACCAAGACUGGAAAGUUGAAGCGUGGAAAAACAAAGCCUGGUCUAAUGAAUCUGGAUUUCUGCUGAGGCAUGCAGAUGGCCGUGUCAGAAUUUGGCAUCAACAGCAUGAAUCCAGGGACCCAACCUGCCUUGUGUCAACAGUC